AUGGCAUUGGAAAUACUGCGUCGCAAUAAAGAUGAUUAUGUUGAUUUAGGCUUAAAUGACCAAACUAUAAAUACCAGCCUGCUUUCAAUCUUUAUUGACUUGAAAGAAUUUAAAAUGCAGACUCCAAUUCGUAUAGCUGUAUUGCUAUUCUGCGUUGUUUGGGAGGUUCAAGGAGCUGUCAACUGUACCUCCGCAGGCCGAUAUGCAGACCCAGCUGAUACAACCUGCAAAAACUACUCCCUGUGUAUAUUAACCACGGACAACACAUUUAUAUCCUACGACUACACCUGCCCUGCAACCUCCCUUUUCAGCCCUGUUUCCAGUACCUGCACAACAAAUUAUGUGUGUAACACAACUAAUACAACAACUACAACUAAUACAACUACGUCAGCAUGUACAGCUGACGGCUUCGUGGCAGAUCCAUCAUCAACAGACUGUACUUCAUACAUUCAGUGCGUUCAAAUAAACGGUACCUUUUCCGAAACGGUCCUGUCUUGCCCGAAUGGUACACUUUACAACCCCAAUACUACACUUUGUGACGCCAGUUAUAACUGUACUUCAGCUGUAAGUUGUUCAUCAGCUGGUAGAGUAGCGGACACCACAGAUACAACCUGUCAAAGAUACUUUUUGUGUGUCCUUGCUGCGAAUGGGACAUUAUUACAAUAUUCCUAUACAUGCCCUACUACAUCUGUUUUUAGUCCCGUUUCGAAAGUGUGUACAACUACAUAUACUUGUCCUUAA